CAGCGUUGGUCGCAGCCAAAACGAGCCAAAACACGCGGGCCGCGGGCUCUUCAUGCACUGCGAAAAGCGCGAAGACGAAGAGCCAGCUUUUACAAAUUUUGUCUUUGUGUGCAGUGAUCGCGUUUGCUCGUGCUCAUGUAUGUGAGCCUAAGUUGCGGAUAAUCAUAGAGGACCAAGUUACACGUGGACUUCAUAAUUUGGAACUACUGCUUGUUUUUCUCACCUGCGAUGUCGGACUCUGACCUAGGCGACCAAGUCGCGAGCGCGAGCUCUUCGACAAAACAUACCCGACAUCCUCGGCUAGUGUAUCCGUCCGAUCACUCGGAUGACUCUCCCGACGACAUCGACGAAACGUCGAGCGUCGGGAGCGCAUCAACGGCGGACAACACGUCGCGCAGCGACACGCCCACAAACCAAGGUCGCCGAGGCCGUCGUCGCAAAAGCAAGUCAAAGCGCUGCAAGCUGGCCUACAAGUGUUCCACAUUUGUCAAGGAGGACCACGGCCAGCCCCUUUUUGGAGUCCAGUUUAACCCGCACCUCAAGGGUGGCUUGUACAUCUUUGCCGCUGUUGGCAGCAACAGGGUGACUUUGUACGAGUGCCUGGAGAAUGGAAGCAUCAAGCUUCUGCAGUCAUACUGCGAUCCUGAUUCCGAGGAGAACUUCUACACCUGUGCCUGGUCAUACGACGAUGUCACAGGGCAUCCACUGCUUGCUGUUGCAGGGUCACGAGGUGUCAUUCGCAUCAUCAGCCCAGCUGCCAUGAAGUGCAUCAAGCACUACAUUGGCCACGGGAAUGCCAUCAACGAGCUUAAAUUUCAUCCCCACGAUGUCAACCUUCUGCUGUCUGUCAGUAAAGACCACACUUUACGACUGUGGAAUGUCAAGACAGACCAGUGCAUUGCCGUGUUUGGCGGAGUCGAGGGACACCGGGACGAAGUCCUGAGUGCGGACUUUGACCUCUUGGGCCAGAAAAUCAUGUCCUGUGGCAUGGACCAUUCCCUGAAACUCUGGAAGCUGGACACGGAACAAUUCCAUAAGGCCAUCAGGGAAUCUCACGUCUACUGCCCCUCCAAGUCACAGAGGCCAUUUCCUACAGUCCGGCAACACUAUCCCGACUUCACCACUCGCGACAUUCAUCGAAACUACGUCGACUGCGUCCGCUGGCUGGGGAACUUUGUCCUGUCCAAGUCAUGCGAGAACUGCAUUGUGUGCUGGAAGCCUGGCCUGUUGGAGCAGCUGGAUGUUCGGCACACAGACACCAACGUGACAGUACUGCACCGAUUCGAGUAUCGCGAGUGCAACAUCUGGUUCAUGCGCUUCUCCAUGGACUUUGAGCAGAAGAUUCUUGCACUGGGUAACCAGGUAGGCAAGACGUACGUCUGGGACAUUGAUGUGGACGACCCCACAACUUGCAGGAGCACAGUGCUGACUCAUCCCAAGUGCACAAGUCCCGUCCGGCAGACGAACCUCAACCGGGAUGGCAGCAUCCUGCUUUGCAUUUGUGACGACGCCACCAUCUGGCGGUGGGACCGUGUCACCCGCUGACCAUUCCACUGCACCCUAUUUAUACAGCCGCCAGAGCCUGGCGCGGAUAGACCGAGCGAAUGUCACGAAAAUGUGCUGGCUGGCUAGCUAAUUCAUUUCGUGUGUGGCCUGCAGCUUACACAGACUGUUGAACGUUAGUAUAAAUGUGAGGCACCAGGUGUACGUGGUUCUCCCAUGUGAACCACUGGCUCAUUUAGGCUUUUUUCCUAUGCAAAGCUGGCACAUUGCAGAGAAUGCAUGUCUAGGUGCAUUACUUGCAUGUUUUGUUCGGAAUAAACCAGAAGGACGUGUUGUCUGUGGCAAGGCCAAGAAGAAAGAACAGCAGAGACCAGGGAUUUACUUUUUUUUUCCGACUCUGGACAUGUUUACAGUGACAGCAGCAUUCACCAUUAGUGAAGACCACCAUCAUGUUCUUUUCUUUAUUACUUCAGAAAUAAAUAUGUUGUGGACUAAA